AUGGUAGAAUUGAAUGACAUCGCUUUCAAUAUUGCAGCAUCCAUCAACGGCCUCUUUGUUCUCGAAAUUGACAUCAACAAGUUCAUGGACGAUACUGCUAUCACAGCAGCUCGAUCAAAUGUAUCACUCGUUUUGCGUUGCUCACAUCUGGCGCGGAAUGGGAAGAAGUGGGUGAGGAUGUCCAUAUCAAUAGCAGAACAGAAAUCUAACAAGAAUAACACAUAA